AUGGGAACAGUUUCUGGGUCCUCCGUCUGGCACAAAGUUUUACAGGCCGCAGAUACGCAGGAUCCACAGCGCGCCUUCCCCGCCGAGUUCCAGCUGAUUCAGGUCGGGAGGUGCAGGAUUUUUGAUUCCGCGCAGUCCGCAGUCACCGCUGUGUUCCUCCCCCUUCUUUUUGCCACUUCUGAGGCUGCGGAGUCUGUGAACAUGAAAUGCGUAAGGCAACACGCCAAUAAAUUAAAAUUUAAUCGAGAAUUCUGCCUGAAGAUUUGCUUAAUCAGCUAUGGGACCAUGGAGUCAUAUUUUGAUGACAAGAUCCAGUUUCCCUACUUCUAUAGGACGGUUCCAAAUGACCAGGCUCAGUUCCACGCAAUUGUUCAGCUCUUACAGCACUUUGGGUGGAACUGGGUUGGACUUAUCACCUCAUAUGAGGAUCAGGGGGAUCAAACCAGCGUUGAACUAGAAAAGUUUCUGUUACAAAACCAUAUUUGCCUUGACUUUAAAUACACAGUGUCCAACUUGCUGCUUGAUGGGGAUCCAGUGGAGUUUAAGAGUGAAGUCAUCAUCCUGUACAUUUCCUCCUCCUCUUACACCAAACUCAUGUUUGAAUUGUCUUUUAACUCAACAUUUGGGAAAAUCUUUAUCUUACCAGCCUCCCUGCAGAUCCAUUAUCAGGUGAGCAGAGACACGUUCCUGAAUGGUUCCUUGAUGUUUCGGUUACACAACCGGAACAUUCCGGGUCUGAGGGACUUUCUGCUGAGAGAUGGGCCCCGGGAGUUCCCAGAGAACCCAUUUCUGGGCGCCAUUAGGAAGGAGAAGCGGCUUUGUUUGCCGGAAUCUUUUGAACCCGAUCCCUUCAUUCGAGAGGCAACUUGUAAUGACACGGAUUCAUUAAAUAUCAUGGAUCCACUAAUAUACGAUGUGGAGAAUUUCCGUCUCACCUACAGUAUAUACGCCGCGGUGUAUGCUGUGGCCUACGCGUUACACCACUUGUAUUCCCAUAGGAGCCAUCAGGAAAAAUGGGAAUUGCGCCCAUGGGAGAUUAACCGUUACCUGAGAAAUCUGCACUUUUCUACCCCGGGGGGAGAGGAGGUCACAUUCGAUGAUAAAGGCAACGUGGUGGCCACGUACGAUAUCCUGAACAUCAUUCAGUUCCCAAACAAGCGGGUAGAAUACGUCCUGGUGGGGCACGUCUAUCCUGCUGAGGGGGGGACUCGCCUUGUUAUCAAUGACAGCGCCAUCCGGUGGGACUCGCGUUAUGCUCGGACUCCCAACAGUCUCUGCAACCCCAGCUGCCCCCCUGGGCACAGGAAGGUCCAUAAGGAACGGGCCAAGUGCUGCUAUGACUGUGCCCGCUGCCCAGAGGGAGAGAUCUCUAAUGGAACGGACAUGGCAAACUGCAUGAAGUGCCCCGAUGAUCAGUGGCCGAAUGAAGGCAGAGACACUUGUAUUGUGAAACGCAUGGAGUUUCUUUCCUAUGAGGAUCCGUUGGGUUUCUCUCUCGCUAUCUUGGCCGCAAUAGUCUCCUCUCUCGCUGCAGGAACGCUGGGGAUAUUCAUCAAACACAAAGAUACCCCAGUUGUAAAGGCCAAUAACCAGACCCUCAGCUUCAUCCUUCUCCUGUCCCUCAUGUUCUGCUCCCUCUGUCCAUUAUUAUUCAUUGGGCGCCCAACAGAGAUCUCCUGCCUUUUGUGUUACAUUUCCUUUGGGACUUUCUUUACUGUCGCUAUUUCUACCCUGUUGGCCAAGACGUUCAUAGUCACCUUGGCAUUUAGAGUGGUAAAACCUGACAGGAAGGUAAGGGGGUGGUUGUGGAAGAACAUGUUCAUGAUUGUUGUGCUGCUGUGCUUCUGUGGGGAGGGGCUUAUAGGUACCACGUGGCUGGCCCACUCCCCGCCAUUCCCAGACUAUAAUACCAAAUUAGAGGCUGAUAAGAUUAUUCUACGAUGUAACGAAGGUUCUGUUAUUGCUUUCUACGUGCAGAUUGGCUACAUGGGACUGCUGGCCUCAUUCAGUUUCAUUGUAGCCUUUAUGGCUAGGAAACUGCCGGAUGCAUUUAAUGAGGCUCAGUACAUCACAUUCAGCAUGCUGGGGUUCUGCAGUGUUUGGGUCUCCUUCAUCCCAGCCCACCUCGGCACCAAGGGCAAAUAUAUGGUGGCGGUGGAAUGUUUCGCCAUCUUGGCAUCGAGCCUCGGACUUUUGAGCUGUAUCUUUAUUCCCAAGUGCUACAUAAUCCUGAUCAGGCCAGAGCUGAACAUCAGAGGCAGCUUAAUAGUUAAAAAACAAGAUAAAAGUAUCAAAAUAUAA